AUGUCGUUCACAAAGGUCAAAGAGCCCGAGGAAUGCCCAAUAACGAAAAGGAUCAAUUGGCCAGUGUCGUUCGGCGGAACGAUUCACUUUAAGACGUCAAAGCAUCAUCUGAUUGACCUGGAAUGCAACACCGACGUUUGCGUCAAUUACCGAGACCACACUUCAAACGGUACCAGAGAUCAGAAACUGGCGAUGGUAACGAAUGAUAUCCUCAUGUUGGAUAAUAGAAGCGGUGUGGAUCGAAGAGAACUUCACGAACAGGUGAGUCUCCCCAGUUUCUCUCUCUCUCUCUCUCUCUCUCUUUCUCUCUUUCUCUCUCUCUCUCUCUCACUCACUCUCUUCCACUGACACUUCUCCGUCCAGAUCACCGACGAUCAAAAUAAGUACCUGCUGGAUGGAUGGGAGCAGAAAAGAAUGAAACUCUCCGCGAUGAUCAACUCGAUCAUCAUCGACGAACUAGGGGAUCUCGGCCCGGACGGAAGAGUUACGAUGGCAAAAAUGGACGCGUAUUGUCUGGCAGCAGUCUACGUUGAGCUCUGGGGGUGGGUCAACAAAGUGAUCAUCAAGGAGCAUUUCAAGUACAACUGCUACCUGCCAGUCUCACUCAUGACGGCGUUCGAGCGAGUUUACGACAUGAUCAAGAAGUGUCUGAAAACUGGCGAUGUCACGAUGGCAAACUCGCUCCGCGUCAUGAGACUCCGGGAUAAGGUGCUCAAGUGUGUGCAACACUUGUACCGCGUCUUCAUUCCACUUCAAGACGGCACUGAAAUCUACCUACCGGUGGACCUUUCGAGUUGUCAAUACAACCCGCACGAUUACGAGUGGAUCGCCUCUAACACCUAUGCGAAGUAAAUUUGUUGUGUUCGAGUAUUAGCACAAAUUAUACACGUUUUCAGUGUGAACAAAACUCCGGUUCCGUGGGUCAGCGCAGCCAACCAAUCUCUCAUUGACAUCGAGCGCUUCCGACUGGCGUACUCCACAGAGACUGCGAUCUCGCCGACUAUCUUCUGCAACAUGCAGAGUUAUGACCCCGCUCAGAGUAGUUGGGACAAAUUCAAGGAUAUGAAGAUUCACGCGAAUUGGGCGAUCGACAAACUAACACAGAUCUACAAAAUGCAGCCUACUCCUCCUCCGAUCCUCGCCGAAGCCUACGUCAAGCACAAAUUUCGCUUCCUUCAAGAGGAAUUGUAUGUCAUGAAAUCGCGCCUUUUUGCCAUAAAUUUGAGAGACAACACGUUCAACAGGGACAUGUUGGCCAAAGUCUUGCUAUACACUACUAUCGAGACUCAGAUGCUUCUCCUCCAUGCUGCCUUUGUCAAUUAUGCUGAUUACAACGAAGGCUUUGUCGGAGGUGCACCACCACUUGACGUAAGUGACGAUUCAAGAAACUGUUUAUAAAUCGUUGAAUAUUUCAGUUCGUUUUUCUGGUUCACUCGUUGGAAAACAAGUGGUUUUCGCAGAUCUCGGAAUGCUUCCAAUUGAAUAGUCCGAUUGUCCGGGACUUGGAGAAGAUAAGAGACUGUACAGCGGAGGCGAUCAAAGAGUACUAUCAGAAAAAAGAAAAAGAUAUUGAACGUAUGGUCCAAACUCCAAUGGACAAAUCUGUCCAAAAUGAUAUGCUUCCUGCUGUGCCAGCUCACAUAUCUUACUGUCUUCCCGCCGAUAGGAUCCGUUUGCUAAAGCUGGAGAAGUUCCAAAUUGUGAAAGUGACGGAGAAACGCCGACUGACCGAAGCUGUACUCAAUCUGCGCGUGAAUUAGUAGGAUUUUUUCUGGAUCUUGCUCAUCUUAUCGUAACCUCAUUUCAGUCAUGCUCUCACCGAUGACGAUUUCGACGAGAGACCGCUUCGUAAGGCAAAAUUCCGAAAAUCGUUCUUCGACGACGUGGCAAAGGCUCGAUUGGAUGAACAGAGUACCCACAAUGUCCACAAUGCCGAGGCCAGAUGCAAACCGUCGAUCCGCAAAACCAUCAAAAAGGAAUUCAAUGCUAUUCUGGGCUCCACGUACAGCUACAUCAACCAUCCAGAGCUCAAACUUGCACUGGAAUGGUGUUUCGUGCGCGUGUUUGUCGACAACUACUGUCUCCAGAAGUUUGAUGGCAACGAUUCCACCGAUUGCGCUCUGAUCAGAGAGAUCGCAGUCGCCGUUAUGACAGAGAUUAGCAAGGAUCUAAAGGUGGAGAAGAAGAAGGUGCACGGAUACAAGAACAUUCUAUUCCGUGCUCUUUCGCUUAAUGUGAUGCCGACCGACCCAAACUGCACUGUCACUGCCACCGGUGUACCGCUGAUCACUAUGAAUAUUCUCAUCUCGCAAUUCAUGAAUCUUCUACUUCAAGUGGCACCAAUCUCCGUUCUGAAUAAGAAUUAA